GAGUGUGCGCGUUGAUGCUUCACAUUCUCAUUCUCACUCUCGUUCUCACUCUCAUUCUUUUCCCCCCUGGAAAGUGCCCUUGAUCCCAGUGCCAAUCAGGUUGCUUGACGUGAUACCGUUAGCGACACACCACCCUUGCGUCACCACCUCACCAAUCUCGAGCCACACACACACACACACACACACAUUCAGCCACACACACUGUUCCGCCACACCCCAUCGCUCCUUCCCUUCACAUCCACCACCACCAUCACCACUUUCCAACUCACUCCGAUCAAUCUUCAUUUUACUUUCAGUUAAGGUUUUCAUCAUACUUUCGGCCUCUUUUCGGACCCCGGUCAAUCUUCCGACCGCUCCCGAGAGCAUCCAAUCAUCAACUUUGCCUUUCCCUCUGCCGAUGCCGUUGCUUUUACCUUUGCCUUUUGCCUUUGCCUCCACUGCCUUUCCGCGGAUUACCCGUGCCCUCUUGGAAAGCAAGAGAACACUUCUCAUGCAGACUUGACUCGGCUAGGCUUGUGAUUGAUCGUCCUCCAGGAUCCAAAAGGUUGACCGUAGUUACAACAUACAUUUUGUACAUGUGUACAUAAUAAUUUAUAUCUGUCGAUAUUAAACCUUAUCUCUUUUUUUUUCUCAAAAACACAGUCAGCACAGCGGCGACUUGACUCACCGACUAGCAAGUUGUCAUUUCUUCUCAGCUCUUGUCUGAGCAUAAGUUCUCUCGUAUCCUCUCCGCCGUGUCUACGGUUAUUCUCUCAUUCAUUUCCCUCUGAACCGUCGGCAGCUCUUCAAACUUCAAGAUGGGUGGACAACUUGACGUCCUGGACAUUGUCGUCCUUGGAGUUCUAGCUCUGGGAACGAUAGCAUACUUUACAAAGGGAAAAUACUGGGGUGUCGUGAAGGAUCCCUAUGCUACCAGUUAUGCCGCCACCAAUGGAAACAAACCCGCAAAGACAAGAAACAUCACUGAGAAGAUGGACGAGUCCAACAAGAACUGCGUCGUCUUCUAUGGUUCGCAGACUGGUACCGCAGAAGACUACGCUUCUCGAUUGGCAAAGGAAGGCAAGAGUCGUUUCGGCUUGGAGACCAUGGUGGCAGACUUGGAAGACUAUGAUUAUGACACUCUCGACACCUUUGGAGAAGAUAAAGUCGCAAUCUUCGUAUUGGCUACAUAUGGUGAAGGUGAACCAACCGAUAACGCCGUUGAUUUCUAUGAAUAUUUCAUGAAUGAAGAUGUUGAGUUUUCUAGUGGUGAGAAAUCGCUUGCAAACCUCAAAUUUGUUGCAUUUGGUCUCGGAAACAACACCUACGAACACUACAACUCAAUGGUCAGAAACGUCACAAAGGCUUUCGAGAAGCUCGGCGCUACAAGAAUUGGUGAAGCCGGUGAGGGAGACGAUGGAGCUGGUACUAUGGAAGAAGACUUUUUGGCCUGGAAGGAUCCAAUGUGGACUGCAUUGGCUGAAAAGAUGGGACUCCAGGAACGUGAAGCUGUUUUUGAACCGGUUUUUGCUAUUACAGACAGGGAAGAGUUGACAAAGGAUUCCUCAGAGGUUUAUCUCGGCGAGCCAAACAAGAUGCAUCUAGAGGGUACUUCAAAGGGUCCCUACAACGCUCACAACCCUUACAUUGCACCUAUUUCUGAAUCCAAGGAGCUUUUCACUGUCAAGGACCGAAAUUGUUUGCACUUGGAAAUCGAUAUCAGUGGAUCUAACCUCAGCUAUCAAACCGGAGAUCAUAUUGCAGUUUGGCCAACAAAUGCUGGAAGAGAAGUGGACCGAUUCCUCGAUGUUACCGGGCUCUCUUCCAAAAAGGAUUCUGUCAUUACCGUUAAAGCAUUGGAUUCAACUGCAAAGGUCCCAUUCCCUACCCCAACUACAUACGAUGCUAUAGUUAGAUAUCACAUGGAAAUAUGCGCACCUGUAUCACGUCAAUUCCUUGCCACUUUGGCUGCCUUUGCCCCAAAUGACGCCAUUAAGGCCGAAAUGGAAAAGCUUGGUGGUGAUAAAGAUUACUUUCAUCAGAAGAUCAGCAACAACUAUUUGAAUAUCGCUCAGGUUUUGCAGGAAGUUGGUGGUCAAGAAAAGUGGAGCGCCAUCCCAUUUUCUGCUUUCAUUGAAGGUUUGGGCAAGAUUCAACCUCGUUACUACUCUAUCUCGUCUUCCUCGCUUGUACAAAAGAAAAAGAUUUCCAUUACGGCGGUUGUUGAGUCAACCGAUAUUCCUGGAAGAACCGAUGCUUUGAAGGGUGUUACCACAAAUUAUCUCCUUGCAUUGAAACAGAAGCAACAUGGCGACGAACACCCCGAUCCUCAUGGCCUCACAUAUGAAAUCACAGGACCACGCAACAAGUAUGAUGGCAUUCACGUUCCGGUACACGUAAGACACUCCAACUUCAAGCUUCCAUCCGAUCCAUCCAAGCCUGUCAUCAUGAUUGGUCCUGGAACCGGUGUUGCACCUUUCAGGGCAUUUGUCCAAGAGAGAGCUGCACAAGCAAAGGCUGGCGAAAAUGUUGGACGAACAAUCUUAUUCUUUGGAUGUAGAAAGUCUACAGAAGAUUUCAUGUACAAAGAUGAAUGGAAAGAAUACGAAGAAGCCCUUGGCGACAAAUUCUCGCUCAUCACUGCAUUCUCUCGUGAGGGCAAGGAAAAGGUCUAUGUCCAGCACCGUCUCAAGGAACAUGCCAAAGAAAUCAACGAUCUUCUUAUGCAAAAGUCCUACUUCUAUGUUUGUGGUGAUGCCGCAAACAUGGCUAGAGAAGUCAAUACUGUUCUUGGCCAAAUCAUCUCAGAGCAACGUGGCAUCCCAGAAUCAAAGGCUGAGGAUAUUGUAAAAAGUAUGCGAUCCGCCAAUCAAUACCAGGAGGAUGUGUGGUCAUAGAUACAUCAUCUCUCGUUUCUACACACACCAAUCUGUACAUCCAAAAAUUUCGUUCAUCUUCCAUAUGACAACUGGUAUUAAAUACCAUGCGGUCAUCCAGCUCGCCUGCAUAGUUUGCCUCUACCAUACCUUGUACUCGCUUGCUUGUUUGCUACCUCACGCGCACAAAAUUAUCAAGCCACCAAAUCGGAUCAACUGGCUCAGAGAUCUAUCAUUACUUGAGACUCGAAAGCGAAGCAAAUUUAGUCUUUUUUCCUUUUCAGAAUCAAACACAAUAUUUUCAAUGGGUGGAUCUAGACAUGUUUGGAUGGAGUUUGAUUUUUUUGGCAAACAGAUCUACCUACUCAAGACUUGAUCGUUUGUUUGCAAGGAUUGGAUUUAGAUUGUGAUGGGUGCCCUCGUCUUAUUCGUAUGGUGGGGUUUUAAAUGAAUGUUUUAUGGGUGAAAUAGAGAGGGGUGGUAUAGGACCUGGGAUGGGAUGGAACGAGAAGGGAUGGGGAGGAGAAAAUUGACACUGGUAUAUCAUUUAUACCCAGUACAGUACUCAUGAUGCGCGCAUAAGAACAUAGAAAGCAGAUCUCACACGUGAUUUUUUUGGUCUCUUUUUCAAACGUUUUUCUUGUUAGAUAGGUUGGGCGGCGGGCAUACAAUACUUAGGUAGUCGAUAGGCCAAUUAAAAGAUUCCAAAUUACUACUUUUGCAGAUAGGUAUAUCUUGAGCUUACAAGACGAAUAAUCUUUGGAGAAUGA